AUGUUUCACUUUAAUGUGCAAAAUGCAACAAGAAACGCCGUUAGGGUGGUUUCUGAAGCAAGCAGGCUAGUAACGCUGCGUGGUUUGGCCUCGGAAGUUAAAUUGGAAGACUAUGGUGCAUAUCCUGACCCGCUUGAGUCGUCAUUGGGCCGAGAAAAGAAAAUUUUACUGGCUCGUCUUGCUGGAGAUGAUCGGUACGAGCCGAAGAUUUAUUACAGAGCUGCACAAUCUUCAAAGGAAUACCCAAAUCUGGUCCCAUCACACUUUGACGAUAAAAUAGUUGGAUGCCUUUGCGAACCCGAUAGCAGCCAUGUUAAUUACAUGAUAAUAAGGAGGGGCACACCCAAGCGUUGUGAAUGUGGACAUUGGUUCAAGGUUAUUGAAGCGGACCCUGAAUCUGUUUAA